AUCUAUAUAUUAUUUAGUUCAUGCUUCGCAAAACGCAAAGUGUGGAUUAAUUGUGUUUAUCAGUAUCGUAAUUAUAAUUAGAAUUUAUAAUGCCGUUGGAAAAUUUAGAAGAAGAGGGUUUAGAGAAAAAUCCCAAUUUGGAAUUGGCCCAAACAAAAUUUUUAUUAAGUCUGCCAGAACAUAAGGAUGAUCCAUAUUUAAAGAACAAACUGUUAGAUGCCAUUAAAGCAGAAAAUAUGGCUCCAUUUUAUGAAGAAGUUUGUAAAGAUUUGAAUUGGCCGGUCGAUGAUACUCUUUUAACUUCUAUGAAAACUAAGAAUAUGGAACAAUUGAAAGAAUUAGAUGAUGCAAUUGAAGAUGCUGAAAAGAAUUUAGGUGAAAUGGAAGUGAGAGAAGCUAAUCUUAAAAAAUCAGAACAUUUAUGUAGAAUAGGUGAUAAGGAAGGUUCCAUUUCGGCAUUCAAAAAAACUUACGAUAAAACUGUAUCAUUAGGACAUAGAUUAGAUAUUGUAUUUCAUAACAUUAGAAUUGGAUUAUUUUAUUUAGAUCAUGAUCAUGUUACAAGAAAUAUAGAAAAAGCUAAAAGUUUAAUAGAAGAAGGUGGUGAUUGGGAUAGACGAAAUCGUUUAAAGGUAUAUCAAGGAACAUAUUGUAUAGCUGUUCGUGAUUUCAAAGAAGCUGCAAAUUUCUUUUUGGAUACAAUUAGCACAUUCACUAGUUAUGAGCUUAUGGAUUAUAAUACGUUCGUGAGAUACACCGUAUAUUUAAGUAUGAUAAGUUUACCUAGGAAUGAACUUAGAGAUAAGAUUAUCAAAGGUUCAGAAAUUUUGGAAGUGCUUCAUAGUAAUCCAGAUGUCAAGGAUUAUUUAUUUUCUUUAUAUAAUUGUCAAUAUGCUGAUUUCUUUAAAAAUUUAGCACAUGUCGAAGGUUUAUUACGUAGAGAUUACUUAAUUUUUCCUCAUUAUCGAUAUUAUGUUAGAGAAAUGCGUAUUCUCGCUUAUACACAACUUCUAGAAUCUUAUAGAUCUUUAACGCUUCAGUAUAUGGCUGAAGCAUUUGGUGUUACGGUAGAAUAUAUUGAUCAAGAAUUAUCACGUUUUAUUGCUGCCGGAAGAUUGCAUUGUAAAGUUGAUCGCGUUGGUGGUGUAGUUGAAACUAAUAGACCAGAUAGUAAAAAUUGGCAAUAUCAAGCUAUGGUUAAACAAGGUGAUUUGCUACUUAAUAGGGUUCAAAAGUUAUCGCGUGUUAUUAAUAUUUAAGUAAACGGAAAAUAAAUCAUGACAUCAUAUUUUAACAUCUACUUAUUGUCUGAUGUGUUCUUGAAGUAUUUGAAAUUUUAUUAUUUUACCCUUUAAUUUUGUAUCAAAGAUUUAAUAUAAUUUUCAAUUUUUACGAUAGAAAUAUACAUCUUAAAUGUCA